GAUUGUAUUAGUCGGAUGUCACUUGUCAAGGUCAAGCCGACUGCUAUAAACAAAAAUACACAUUUUUAAUAACAACAAUAUUAACAAAAAUUUCAUAGAAAUGGCCCACUCGGGAGUUGUCCCUGGUGGGAAACGCAAAGAAAUUUACAAAUACGUCGCCCCAUGGCCCUUAUAUAGUAUGAACUGGUCUGUUAGACCGGAUAAAAGAUUCCGACUUGCUCUUGGAAGUUUUGUUGAAGAAUAUAAUAAUAAAGUUCAAAUUGUUUCAUUGGAUGAAGACAACAGUGAAUUUUCAUCAAAGAGUACUUUUGACCAUCCAUAUCCAACAACUAAAAUUAUGUGGAUACCUGAUAGCAAAGGAAUUUUUCCCGAUUUACUAGCGACUAGUGGUGACUACUUAAGAAUAUGGAGGGCAGGUGAACCUGACACAAGACUUGAAUGUGUUUUAAACAAUAACAAAAAUUCAGAUUUUUGUGCACCUUUAACUAGUUUUGAUUGGAAUGAAGUAGAUCCCAAUUUGGUUGGUACUUCAUCUAUUGACACAACAUGCACCAUUUGGGGAUUGGAGACUGGGCAGGUAAUGGGUCGAGUUAACUUAGUCUCAGGCCAUGUUAAGACUCAGCUCAUUGCUCAUGAUAAAGAAGUUUAUGAUAUUGCAUUUUCUCGGGCAGGAGGAGGAAGAGACAUGUUUGCAUCUGUUGGAGCAGAUGGAUCAGUCAGAAUGUUUGAUUUACGACACUUAGAGCACUCUACAAUUAUUUAUGAAGAUCAUACACAUACACCACUGUUAAGGCUGGCUUGGAAUAAACAAGAUCCAAACUAUUUAGCAACAAUAGCUAUGGACGCUUGUGAAGUUAUCAUACUGGAUGUAAGAGUGCCAUGCACUCCAGUAGCCAGACUUAACAACCAUCGCGCAUGUGUAAAUGGCAUAGCUUGGGCUCCUCACUCCAGUUGUCAUAUAUGCACAGCUGGAGAUGAUCAUCAAGCUCUUAUAUGGGAUAUUCAGCAAAUGCCCAGAGCUAUCGAAGACCCAAUUUUAGCAUAUACAGCAGCAGAAGGUGAAGUUAAUCAAAUUCAAUGGGGAGCAACACAACCUGAUUGGAUUGCAAUUUGUUAUAAUAAGAGUUUGGAGAUAUUAAGGGUGUAACUUGUGAAAAUGUGCUUAGAGAGAUUGCUGUUGAUUGUAUUACGGAAGUUAAAGUGCUGUUGACAAUCUAAGUGAGUUGAACUACAUUCAACUGCAGAUUUUUAUCGACUUGUGGUAUAUUUUUAUUCAACAAAACAAAACUCAUUUAAUAUUUAGAUAACAGUAUUUGGUGCUUAAUUGAGAAAAUAUAUGAACAUUAUGGUAACUUAUACUGUCAAGGUUGCACUUAAUAUAAAUGUAAUUUAUACCAUUAGCUAAAGAAUCUUCAGAAUAUCCGAAAUGUAGAUUCUAACCAAUCUUCCCCUUUUUUUUUUGUUUAUUAAUUUUUGAUGGUGGGUUGGAAACCCAUAACACAUAUCAAAUUCAAAAAAUACAUUCAUCCAUAAGCACCUACUCCAUAUUUAGACUUUUUGAAAAAAUCAACUGGAUAUUUCUAUUAACCAUUUUAAUUUUUAAGUAUGAUAAACUCCUGAAUUCUCUUUAGAAUACAGAUCUUUUCAUCUUUUAGUUUUAUUUUAGAAGAAUAUUAGAAAGUUUUACAUAAAUUUUUGUACACAGCAGGCCUUAUAGACCCAUGGCUUCAAGUCUCUCUACUGCUUAUCUCAAACUCCUUUUGUUCACGGCUGCAUUGCGCCAGUUCGCUAUCCCUAACUUCUGUAAGUCUUCCUUACAUGCAUCUAUCCACCAUUCUGGCUAUAUGUCCCAACCAACGUAGUCUUUUUGCCUUACUAUAUAGUUGAUCUCUACAUGACGAUAUAACCUUUUAAUCUCUGCACUCGUUCUUUUUCUCCAUUCAUCUUGAACACUCCUCUCUCCCAUGCAUUCGGCCUGUUUACCUCUUUUUUAUUCAUGACCCAACAUUCACUACCAUAUAACACCGUAGAUUGUAAAUUCUUGGCUUCACUACCCUUGAGAUAUCUUUGGACCUUAAUAGGAUUCCUAGAUCACCAGCUGAUUUAUUGCCUUUGCCAAUCUUUUGUCAAUUUCUUUAAUUUCGUCUCCUUCACUUGUUACCAUCACUCCCAGGUAUUCAAACUCUUGUACUCUAUCAAACCGGAAUAUUGAAUCAUAUGCCUAUUUGAAGUCGAUAAAUAAUAGCUUCAAAUUCAGUGCCAGCUCAUAGCUAUCAUUUUGUAUUGUUUUUUACACAAAAUUCAUAUAUCCACACUAAAAAUUAGCUAAAUUCUUAAUAAGGCACAAGAUAGUGUAAUUUAAUUGGUUACAUUUAAGAUUGUAGCAGCAUUUUGAAUUAUAAUAUAUAUUUUGUCUAUAAUCAAGCUCGAUCUGAUGUUCCACAAACAUUGCUACAAAAAUAGUUAAAAUGGGCCAAAUUACUGUAACCAUAUAAGAAAAUAGUGUGGAAUUUGUCAUUGAAAGCACUUAUUCAAUCAUCUUAACAGAUGAUUAAAAGUUUUAAAUAUGUUAAUAUGGUCUAAACUAACUGUUUCAACAUUUGCAGCUCAAAUGGACUAUUUAUCAAAUCGUAUUCGACUCAACACCAGAAUAAUAGUAAUUUGAUGUCGUUAGCUUACAACUGAAGCUGACCAAGUCAAAAAUUAGGUAUUUGGAGUUAAUAUGACCAAAUCUUGCAUCUACCUUAUGUUGUCAUAAUAAUCUUGGCCAUAAUGACCAUGUCAAGAAGACGACGUUCGCAAUAUAUGACCAAAUCUGCUUGACAUAGAAAGAAGUCAAAGUUAUGUAUCAGUGAUAACCUAUUGUAGAACGUUUUGGGAAGAGUACAACAUGGCACGGUACAAAAAAAGAUCACUGCGCCACGUGCAAUCAGUUUAAAGAUGAAGCCAUUACCAAUAAAGUCUACAAGCAGCAUGAAAGGGAUAAAGCAAAUGCUGAAAAAAAUACUGAUAAAUUAUCUGACUGUAUCCCCUUCAAAUACAACUAUACCGACUGAUUCUCUAUGAAUUUCCGGCACAGACAGACAUUCCAUUAAAUAAUCUACCAUUGUAAACCAGUCUGUUGUGAAAACAUCAAAUUUGUAUAAAUCAAUCCCAUUUGAUACUAAAAAGGUACCCGAACCAUCUAAGUGCGAAAGUGAUUCGGAGAUGAAUUCUUAGAUCAGUUUUGUGUCAGAGUAAGUUAAUAAAGUUUGAUUUUGACUACUAAGUCAAGUGUGUCUAUCUUUUUGCUUAGGAGAAGGUGACAAAGUUAUAUUUUUUCGGAAAGUGAAAAUAAUUAUGCCUCCUAAGUAGAUUCAUUACAAAUCACUGUUUUAUAUAUUUAUAAAAAAAUGCACUUGCGAAGUAAUAGUCUCUGAUUUUAUAGUUGUAUCUAAACUUCAAUUCCAAUUUAUGCAAAAUGUUUUACUUGGUCUCUUUUGGUUGUAAGCUCACAAUAUGAAAAUGAGAAAAAUUUUAAUGUGAUUUUUUAAUUAUUUUCAAGAUCUUUUAGACUGGAAUUUCAAAUAAAAUAAGUUAUUUACUUGUGAUUGACUUUUAUUUUUUUGGUUGCUUUACUGUUGUUCUAGUAGACAUAUUUUGUACGAAAAAUACCCAAUACCCGUUUCAAAGAUUGUUAAUUACACUUCAUAAAAAAUAAAGUACUACCUUACUAAAGGAAUAUUUCGUUUUGAGUAGAAUUUUCUUCGAACUAACAGAAAAAUUUAUUUUAUACAUCGGUUAAAAGUACGAGUCGUUUGCACCUUUUUCGAGGCAGAAAGUAAAAUAUUUGUGAAUUAGUACAGCUGCGCAUAAUAGCUCUGAAUUGCGCGCCGUGAUGCCCGAGUUUACUCCUUAUGUGCAGCUUUACCAAUGCACAAAACUGUAACUUUCUGCCUCUAAAAAGGUGCAAAAUAGUAUACACAAGGGCAGAAGUUUGAGAGCUCAAAAAUCUCAAACUUUCUGCCCUAUUCUUUCUGACCCACUGUGAUGCUUACUCAAGUGUUUGAAACGCUCUCGUGUGAGUACUGGCACUCACAGAUGACGUGGUCUGCAGUUUCAUCCUCUUCCAUAUACCAGCGUCACUCCCAUGGUGAAGAGAGUGUCUUAGAUGACCGCGUCCGAUUAAAAGUCUUCUAACUAAAGGGAUUUGCGCCUAUUUAAUUAAAGCAGUUGUUUGGUAAGAGAGGUAGAGGGCUCACCUAUGUGUGCCUUCGCUUGUCUCAAUCCAAUUUUUAUGAAAGUUGUAUAUAAACUAUUUUUUUCUCAAAUCAUGUAUAUUGAAAAAUAUCGACAAAAAGGGAAUCUUUUUCUCAAUUUUAUUUUAUAGAAUAAUGACAACAUUGUUUAGAUAAAAUCUUUAUUAAAAUAUUUUAUACAAUUUAAAUUAUGAGGGUACUUAAAACAUUUUUGUAGCAACACACAGUGUUGAUUUUUAUUUUAAAAGAAUAAAAGUGUUGUAAAACAAUAUUUUAUUCAAUGUAUACAUAAAACUGUACUGUUUCAACACACUUUUUGACUUUUAAAGGAAUUGUACUGCAUAUAUAUUUGAAUAAACAAAUGUUUUACUACUCAUACAGUAUAUGCUGAUGUUAAAGUAGAAAAUAAUUUUUAUUCGAAUGUUUCCUGUAUAAGUAUAAUAUUGAACUAUAAUAUAAAAAAAAUAUGUAAAAUAGUAAGCUGAAACUAAAGUUUUAUUGUUAUAAUUUACAAUAAAAAAAAUUAUUUCUGA